UCUCCAACUACACUCUCCCUCAUUGGAGGUCACUGUCAAGAGGGCCAUUAACUUCAGGACAGCAAUUGGACCGGUACCCAUGGUGUUGUGGUGGUCUCUGCCGACAAGAGAUGAACGUAGGACCAGGGAGACGGCGUCCACCACGGACCUGUUUCGCUGGGAGGUGAAUUGCAGUGGGUCGAGGUCGUCUGGGGGGCUGGAGCUGAUGCGUGCCGUGACCAGCCUCUCGAAGCACUUCACGAUGGUGGAUGUCAGAGCCACCGGGCGGUCGUCGUUAAGAUCCACGCCGCCCGUGCAAGAGGUGGCUCAGAGACGGCUCCGUUUCCCACGAUCCUGGUGGCCGCAGGGGACAAACCGGAGGGUCUCCGGCAGACCUGCGUCCCAGGACGGGCUCCCUGUGGCUCACGUACACAAGCUGUUUCUGGAGUUUAGACACGACGGGGGAGGCUCGGCGAGGUUUGUCACCAGGUCGAGACGCAGCAUUCAAGUUCCCCGGACUGAUGGAGGGCUGGUGUGGGACGGAGACACCUUGCCCUCCUCUCAGGGUCCAGGAAAGGCCCGGUCUCUGUAUCGGGCCAGGAGUGGCUCAGAACCCGGAGUCGGGGCUGAGACCCGGACCUCGGACCCCAACCGGACACCGGGAGACACGGAGACAGGUCCCAGCCGGAGCAGACCCGGGAGAAGCUCGGAGUUCCUGGAAGAGCAGAGUCAGCGGAGGAGGCCGAGGGCCGACGUGUCAGUGAUGGGGUGGGAGGGGGGCGUUGAAGCGACGGGCGGCGGGGAGAUGCAGGUCGCGGCCACGGACGGAGAGCGGGUGUCCUGCGAGACGGUCACCCAGCCUGCGUCUGGUCUCGCCGACGUAGAGGAGGCCGCGCUCGGAGCGCCGAAUGCAGUCGAUGCUGUUGUGGGGUGUGGGGGUGAAUCUCUGUCUCGCCUGAGAGGACUGCUUGGGUGCCAGGGUGGAGGGGACGGGGGCGGUGCAGGGGCAGGUGUUGCACCUAUGGCAGGGGGCGGUGGAGAGAUCCCGGGGUGGGAGCGGGAUGGGUCGGAGGGUGGAAGGGGUGAUUCACCCGCACCUCCCGCAACGGCAUCGACUGCAUUCGGUGCUCCGAGCGCGGCCUCCUCUACGUCGGCGAGACCAGACGCAGACUGGGUGACCGUCUCGCAGGACACCCGCUCUCCGUCCGUGGCAGCGACCUGCACCUCCCCGUCGCCCGUCGCUUCAACUCCCCCCUCCCACCCCAGCACUGACACGUCGGCCCUCGGCCUCCUCCGCUGCCCGGAGAAUUCCCAGCGCAAACCGGAGGAGCAGCUCCUCGUCUUCCCUCUGGGAACCUUGCAGCCUAACGACGGACCACCCUCCGAGGGGAGCCCUGUCGACACGGCGACGGAGCCCGGGAUGGGUCGGAGAUUGGGAACGUUGCUCUGGGCGCCCCUGUUCCUGGGGGGUGUGGGGGCCAUCUGCCAGACGGGCUGUUUCAGAGAGUGCCAGGCCGCGUCCCCGGUACCAGGGACCAACCUGGCCGGAGAGGGUAUCGAUGUGGUGACGUUGACCCGCAAGGGGGCAUAUGUGGUGGACGUAGAGAGCUGGAAACGUCCCAAUGGGGCCUGCACUCUCUGCAGCAACUCACUGAUGGGGGGUAAACGCCAGCGACUCCCCCUGGCCGUGGUGGACUGGCGGGCUCAACACAACUGCCGCCGGCACCUGUAUGGCCACCUCUUCCACUCGGUCUCCGAGCUGGCUACGUCGGUCAGCUCCAGCGUGGACAACAGCUGGAGGGCUGGCCUGAGUCUGCCCACCCGGUCGGUCGGUUUAACACUGGCUGGUUCCAAGUCCAAGGUCAUGUCCUUCAGCACCCGCAAGGUCCAAUCAGACCGCUACAGCUUCGCCAGCCAUGAGGUCCGCUGCCGCCUGUACCGCUACCGGCUGAAGCACGCACCCCCCCUGGCGCCCCAGUUCUCCGCCCACCUGCGCCGGAUCACCAACACAUCCUACGGGGGAGCCCGGCACCACUACCACCGACUGGUGCAGACUUUCGGAACACAUUACAUCCGGUUGGUGGAUCUGGGCGGCUAUUUCAAGGACGUGACGGCCAUCCGCACCUGCAAGGCCGCGGUGGAGGGGCUCACCGCCGAGGAGGUGAAGACCUGCCUGGGUGUAGAGGCCAGUUAUGGGGUGAUUUGGGCAGGCAGGGCCUCAGCUGCCAUGAGAUCCUGCAAGAGGAAGGCCCGGUCCGUGAACCACGCCAGCAGCUUCCACCAGGCCUUCAGCGAGAGGCUGACGGAGGUCACAGGAGGUCAGUCCACCGGGAAGAGGGACAUCCUCUUCUCCUCUGACCCCGCCGCCUUCACCCGCUGGCUGAAUAGUCUGAAGGCCUCGCCGGGGGUGGUACACUACCGGCUGGCCCCCCUCCAUCACCUGUUACCCACCAGUGACCGCCGGCGUGACCAGCUGAGGCGCUACCUCAGAGAGUACAUCAUGGCCAACGCCCUGAGGCGGUACUGCUCCAGAACCACCUGCCCCGCCGGCAAGAGCAAGAGCCACUCCGACCCCUGCUCCUGCCUCUGCCGAGAGAACAGCUGGGUGGACCGUCUCUGCUGCGCCAAGCAGAAGGGCGUGGGGCACCUGGUGGUCACCGUCAAGAGGGGCUUUGGCCUCUGGGGUGACUAUCUUAGUGGCACCGACGCUUUUGUGGUGGUCUCUUACGGGAAGGCCAGUGAGCGGACCUGGGUGGUGAACAAUAACAAUAACCCUCGCUGGAACGCCAGAUUGGAUCUGAGUACAGUGGUGGCCAAAAACCACCUGAAACUCACAGUGAAGGUCUACGAUAAAGAUCCCUUUAGGAAUGAACACCUGGGGACUUGUCAGGUGCCCCUGACCUCUGGCCACACUGAUCGUACGUGUUACCUCAAGCACGGCAAGGUCACCUACCGGGUGUCCUUCACCUGUGAGUCCCACCUGCGCGGCCGCAGCUGCCGUCAGUACGCCCCGUGUCCAGGGAACCGUGGGUUCACUGGGCUCCUGUGGACCAACCAGUCCUUCCCCUCGCCCGACUCCCCCACCUCCUCUCCUCCGGGGAACGCCCUCCUCAAAGUUAUCUACCCCUGA